AACGAUUCUAAUCAAUCACUCUGAAUUUUUGAACUUUAUCAUUUCAUUGAUCCUUCUACUUAUCUCUUCUCUUCAGAUUUACAUUUCCGUAUUUUUUAAAUUAAAAUGGAUGAGCAAUAUGAUGUCAUCGUUCUCGGUACAGGUUUAACUGAGUGUAUUCUCUCGGGUUUAUUGUCUGUUGAAGGAAAAAAGGUCCUUCACAUAGACAGAAACGACUAUUAUGGUGGUGAAAGUGCUAGUUUGAAUUUAACACAGCUCUAUAGAAAAUUUCGCUCUGGAGGAGAACCUCCAAGUGAAUUAGGUAAAGAUCGUGAUUAUAAUAUUGAUCUGAUACCAAAAUUCAUGAUGGCAAAUGGUGAACUUGUAAGGAUCCUUACUCACACCGAUGUGACAAAAUAUCUCGAGUUUAAACAAAUAGCCGGUUCGUUUGUAUAUCGAGAUGGUAAGAUUUCUAAAGUACCUGCAAGCGAAAUGGAAGCUGUGCGUAGUCCAUUGAUGGGAUUGUUUGAAAAAAGAAGAGCAAAGAAAUUCUUUGAAUACAUGCAAAACUGGCGUGAAGAUGAUCCAAGUACUCAUCAAGGUCUCGAUAUCAAUAAUAUUCCAAUGUCAGCAGUCUAUGAAAAGUUUGGACUUGAACCUGGUACUCAAGAUUUCAUUGGUCAUGCCAUGGCUUUAUACUUGGAUGACUCUUAUCUUACUCGUCCUGCUCGAGAGAGUUAUAAUAGAAUUAUUUUAUAUAUCACUUCUGUUGCUCGUUAUGGAAAAAGUCCCUAUAUUUAUCCAUUAUAUGGAUUGGGCGAAUUGCCUCAAGGUUUUGCAAGGUUGAGUGCUAUUUAUGGAGGUACUUAUAUGCUAGAUAAACGUGUCGAUGAAAUCGUUUACGAUGCGAAUGGUAAAGUUUGCGGGGUUCGUUCCGGUGAUGAGACUGCCGCAACAAAACAAGUUAUUGGUGAUCCAUCCUAUUUCCCUGACAAAGUUCGUAAAAUCGGAAAAGUCGUUCGAGCUAUUUGUUUACUUAAUCAUCCUAUACCUAAUACCGACGACGCAGAUUCCAUUCAAUUAGUUAUCCCUCAAAAUCAAGUCGGCAGAAAACAUGAUAUUUACAUUGCAAGUGUUUCUGGCACUCAUAAUGUGUGCGCCAAGAACUAUUACCUUGCUAUUGUUUCAACUAUUGUUGAAUCAGAUAAUCCAGAAGCGGAAAUUAAACCUGGUCUUGAUUUACUUGGUCCAUGUGUAGAGAAAGUUAUCAACGUAACAGAUCUUGAGGAACCUAUUGAAGAUGGUUCCAAAGACCAAGUCUUUAUCUCUCGUUCUUAUGAUGCCACAUCACAUUUUGGAACUGUUUGCGAAGAUGUUAAGAGUAUCUAUAAGCGAAUUACUGGUCAAGAUCUUAUUCUAAAACAAAGACCAAAAGAUGAAGAACAGGGUGAAUAAUAAUGUUUGUUGUGUUAAAUCCACUGAAGUUACAAAGAAAAAAUUUAUCAAAUCAUAUUUAUUUAACUUGUGGAUGCAUAAUUUAUACUUGUUUAUUAUGAUGUAUAUUUUUUAAAAUAAAAAAAUUAAAUAAUAUUUAUUAUUAAAAGAUCUUCCUUCUUGAAUUAAAAUUCAUCAAUU